GUUACCCUAGGCCGAGAGCACUUUGGGAAUGUUGGGGUCUCGGGGCCGGGUGUGCGGUGCUUGGGACGAAGCAAGGAGCUGAAGCUGGCGGAGUUUAGGCCGGCCCUCGCGGUCAGGGCCUGUCGGGGACCCAAAGGCAAGGCCUGACUCCCUGUCAGGAACAUUCUUCAACCACUAUGUCAGGCGGCACAGAUGUUUCUCUUUCUUCAUAUGAUGAAGAUCAGGGAUCUAAACUUAUCCGAAAAGCUAGAGAGGCACCAUUUGUCCCUGUUGGAAUGGCAGGUUUUGCUGCAAUCGUUGCAUAUGGAUUAUACAAAUUGAAGAGCAGGGGAAAUACUAAAAUGUCUGUUCACCUUAUCCAUAUGCGUGUGGCAGCCCAAGGCUUUGUUGUGGGAGCAAUGACUCUUGGUAUGGGCUAUUCCAUGUAUAAGGAAUUCUGGGCAAAACCUAAACCUUAGAAGAAGAGAUGCUGUCUUGGUCUUACUGGCGGUGCUUGCUUUGGUUAGACAUCUCAUUUUGAGGUUAUAUAUGUAUGUUGAAAAUAAAUCAUUUGAGUGGGUCAGACAAUAACAUCGUAAUUUCAAUAUUAACUUUCUUUCUUGCAAGCUUGAUUGCCUGGUGUCCACAUUACUGUGGCUAGUUCACUAAGUAGGUCAUUUAUGGGAGUCAAAUUUAGCACAAAAAAAACCAUGUCACUUUUAAAUGCACUUGAUACUGGUAAAAUGUCCACCUUCUUAAGCCUUCAGAUGAAAUCAGUUCUAAAGGGGGACAACAGUCUGCAGAAUAUCAUUUGCUUUUGCUGUUCUGUAGGAAUCCUGUUUACCCCAAUUAGUUUAACUUCUUUCUGCCUGUCUUGUAGAUUGAGUACUCCAGUUUUUAACUGUUGGUUGGCUCUUGAAGAGCCCUUUCAGAAUUGCACAUAGAAUGAAACAUCAAUGUACCUCCCCACAACUGAAAGUGUGUGUGUGUUUAAACCAGACCUAAAAGGCUGAUUUGCUUAGCAGUGGUAUUUAUUUCAGAAUUAUAUCAGUAAACAUGAGAAUAACUUAAUUAUGGAUCCCAGUUUAGCCCUUUUGUAAUUGCAGAAUUAUAUUUUGCUGCUGUUACAUUAGAACACUUUUAAAAUAUCAUCUUGAAAUAGAAAUGUGUAUUUUAACUACUAAUGCAAAGGUAAAUGAAGAACACUUCUCAAAAUUGUACAGUAUGUUUAUUUUCUCUCUAAUAAUCAUAAAUCAAACAGAUUUCCUAUAAUGGAAGUGAUUAAUGGUUGAUGAGUGAGCUGGUUUGGUCAGACAUUAUACACAAACUUCAGGAUACUGCAGAGUGUUUUAUUGUACUUGUGAAAUUCUCUUGUCUAACCUGAAUUUACAUUCCAUGGUGAUAACAUGGUAAAUGUAGUGUUAUUAAAGUAAGUGAACACAU